CAUAUAGGUAAUUUAUCUAGUACCAUCUAACCGUUCAAACCCUAUCGGACUCUCUGGUUUUAUUCCGCGGCAGUUCGAGCCAUAAAGCUCAAGACCUUCUACCUCUCCUCCGGCAGCAGCCUCCGCCUCCGGCAGCUUCUUCACUCCGGCGAAAAGAAACUCAACUGAAUUUGCUCUUCUUGUGAUGGCAAAUUCACCAGACGUGGAUGCAGAUGAUGACUUUAGUGAACUCUACAAGGAGUACACAGGCCCCCCACGAUCGACUACUGUCGUUUCACAAGAGAAGACGAAUACAAAUAAAAGGUCUCAUGCUGGUUCUGAUGAGGAGGUUGAACCUCGUGAUCCCAAUGCUGUGCCAACCGAUUUUACCAGCCGAGAAGCCAAGGUUUGGGAGGCCAAGUCAAAAGCUACAGAGAGGAAUUGGAAGAAGAGAAAAGAGGAAGAAAUGAUUUGCAAAAUAUGUGGUGAAUCAGGCCAUUUCACUCAGGGAUGCCCCUCAACCUUGGGAUCAAAUCGUAAGUCUCAAGAUUUUUUUGAAAGGGUACCAGCCAGGGAUAAACAUGUGAGAGCAAUUUUCACUGAUAGAGUUGUACAGAAAAUUGAAAAGGAUGUUGGUUGUAAGAUCAAGAUGGAUGAAAAAUUCAUAAUUGUCAGUGGCAAGGACAGGUUAAUUUUGGUGAAGGGAGUGGAUGCUGUCCACAAACUAAUUAAGGAGGAAGGCGAUCAAAAGGGUUCUUCUAGUUCUCAUAUGAGUAGAUCCAGGUCACCUGAUCGAAGCCCUGUUGGUUCAAGAUCACAACGUUCUGAUGUUCAUAGAUCACAUUCUGGUCCUACAAAUUCUUCACAAUUUCAACCUAGGUUUAGCAGACAGGAGAAGGUUGUCGAAAACCGCGUUCGUGAUGAUCUGCAGAAAUAUUCAAGGAGCUCGGUUCAAGCACAAGCUUAUGGCAAUGACAGAGUUAGAGGUCGUUCAAGCCACUCAAAGUCUCCAGCUCAUCCGCCUUAUUCUGGUGGCUCGCUCAGUUCAUAUGAUAGUUAUCAGAACAAGAGUGCAUAUGGUAGAACUGAAGGAUGGGAUAAUGAGAGAAGAGGAUCUGAUUUGCAAUCUAGUCGUCAGUUUGAGUAUCCAGCUUUUCCCCAAUCUCUUGAAGAAUUGGAGAUGGAGUAUAAAAGGGAAGCAAUUGAACUUGGAAAGAUUCGAGAUAAAGAAGAAGAUGAAGAAAAUUAUAAACACCGUGAGACUAUAAGGGAGAUGAGAGAGAGCUACACGAAGAAAUUGACUCAUGUGAGGGGCACACAUGCAAAGCAGUGGGAUGAGUUUCUUCAACUUGAUGCCCAAAGACGUCAGCAACAAGUGCACCAGCAAAUGGCCGCUUCAGGUUUUGCUGGUUAUAAGCAGCAUAACUAUUCGGAAUAUGAAGGUGGCUCAGUCAAUUCCCAUUAUGAAGGGGCUAAUUUAGCAGCCCUCGACUCAAGGAGCAAGUAUCAAAAUCAUAUGGAGAAUUAUCCUUCAAGACCUCAUGGUAAUUUUGGGGAGUUUCAACGUCAGAGGCGUGAUGAUUACGAGAAUGCUUUCAAAAGAUACUAAUUUGUUUAACCAGGAAGUAAGUUGGAUUCAGAUCCAUCUUGGGUAGGCAUAAUGCAUGGAGGAACGUCUAAUGAAAGGUAAGUAUGUAUCUUAUGGUCUUGGACCGAUUAGCAUUCGUAGUAGCCUACUUCCAGUUGUUUUUAUAGUUAAGCUUGGAUAGUUCAGCUGGUUCGGAACUUGUUGUAAAGAGCAGCAUGGAAUGUCAUCUUGGAUUUAUUAGUCAGAUGAAGUUCUCAUGAACGGUUGAGAUUUUGAAUUAGUUAUAAAUUGAUACCAUGGCAAACUUUUCUUUCUAUGACCAUAUUUAAACAGUCAUCCAGUGUCAUGGAAGCUUAGGAUAGUUGACCGGUUAUUAAGUUCACUAACUGGUUAUUACGACUAUCUGGACUCGGAAGCGUUGGAUAUUUUACUAGUUGAUAUGAUUAUAAAUCGGUAAUGACUGACAUUUACUGAUUAUGUUAAUAUACUUCUCUGAAACUGUAAACUCUUUCCCAGAAUCCCACAAUCAUAACCCAGGAAACUAUAGGUAUGGUUCAUGCCCAAGGUUUUGUGAUUCAUGUGUUUUUGGCUGGGAAAUGAAUGGAUUUUGCUCUAGUA